AAUGUGAUAACUGAACGAGGGGGACGCAGAAGUAACAAGGAAAAUGGAGGAAGAAUCAGGGGUAUUGGGAGCUAGCGGGAUGCUGAGACAAUCUCCAAAAGACGAGGAUGAUGAAAAGACUGCAACAUCGGAGAAGACAUCCGAGGAGAUCGAUGUGGAAGGAGACUCUGAUGACGAAGUCCAAGACGUCAGACCACCAAGCCAAGAACCUCAAGAACUUGAAGAAAAGCUUGAAGAGGCUGACAGGAGUUGUCCUACUCAAGAAGUUGCUGUUGAUGAGAACUUUGGAUCGGGUUCAGUGGAGAAACGCUCGGAGUCCGGAUCCCCAACUGAUCGACAAAUUGAGAAACAAGUGUGCAGUCCUGUCGAAGAGUUACAAGCAGAUGCAUCGGACAAGAAACUAGCGAGUGGAAAAACUGAACAGAGUGUGGCAUCCGAAGCUAAAAAAACCGAGGUUGAAAAGGAUCACAUACCAGAAAGCAAAACAACAGAGUUUUCAGAGAAGGUUCCUGAGUCGAGUUCGGGAGAAACUUUGAAGAAUCCAGGUGAUCAGCAAGAUGUUGCUAAACCAGAUAGUGAUGUACUGACUAUUCAGGAAGCACCAACUGUGGCUCAGGCUUCAGAAAAGAUUGCUGAACGUAAAACAACUCACGUUCCUGAAAGCAAAACAACAGAGUUUCCAGAGAAGGUUCCUGAGUCGAGUUUGGGGGAAACUUUGAAGAGUCCCGAUGAUCAACAAGUUGUUGUUGCUAAAACAGAAAGCGAUGUAAAGACUGUUCAGAAAGAACCAACUGUGGUUCAGGCCAAAGAAACGAUUGCUGAACUUGAAACGAAGCAAAUUGCCAAGACGCAGAAACUAAAGUCUUUCGAGGAUGCUUUUAAAGCAAGUCUGGGAAAAUUGAAUAUCGAAGUUCCUCGUCGGAAGACACUAAUCAAGAGACCAGGAAUUACCUUGAAGCCAGUUGAUAGUGCUUCUCAAAGACCUCCGAGUGAGACCCAGCAGCAGCGCCCUAAAGACAGUGAAAGAAUCACCGGUUUGACAGAUAAAGGAUUGAAUGUGAUGGUUCCUGAAAAGAAUGAAACAGGUCCAAGUUCAAGCUCCAGUUCGGAAAAGAUUCCAGGCGGCCGACCAAAUGCUUCUCUAGAUCUGACCAGCAGCCAGAAACCAGCCAGAGAUAAUCAGAAAAUCGAGGAAGACACGUCCGACGAUGAAGGUGAUAACUCCAGGGAUGUUGACAAUUUCAGCUCUGACUCCUCAUCAACCAUCAUCGACAUCGAGAUGGCCACCAAGGAAUCCACAGAAGAGGAGAUCCCAGGAAACCUGAACAAGUCUAGGUCAACGUUGCAAGAUCAAAGCAGCAAAGAAGUCCUCACAGAUGAGGUAGAGAAGGCCAAGAGCCGGGAAUCCAAUCCCACUUCUGACACCAGAUCAAGACGUGAAGCCUCAGACAAACGGAUGAGCUCAUCAACAGUUCCUUCAAGAGAUCACACACGUACGCGUACCAUCCACAGAACACAUAGAACAGGCGUUCCAACAAGUGUAGCUGACAAAAAGCAGGAGAUAGGCUCCCCAAGCAACACAUACCCAGAGAAGACCCGAGAGUUUUCAAGAUUGAAAAGUGCCGCCAGGCUGCGUGAAAGAUCCAAGAGCGACGAAAGCCAGAAUGUCCUGGGCAAGAAGUACCGCAUCUCCAAGCAUGGGAUCGUCCUGCAGCCUGGGAUCAAACUGGAGGCCAUGGACUAUUCCAAAAAAUGGUACCUUGCGAGGAUCGUGAGCGUAGACGAGACAGAUAGCACCGUCUUGAUCCACUUUGCUGGCUGGAAUUCCCGCUUUGACGAGUGGCUGGAGUUUGACAGCGACAGGCUGCGACCGAUGGCCCGGGUCUCCGCCCGCCGGGAGACGGCUAAAGAAGUCAAAGCACUAGGGGGUUACAAAGUUGGCGAUGAAGUUUUGGCCCGUUGGUCGGACUGCCGCUACUACCCAGCCAAGAUCCUGGGAAUCAAGACCAACGGCUCGUAUCGGGUGCUGUUCUAUGACGGGAUUGAGAAGAUUGUGAUGGGAAUCAACGUACGAGACAUGCCCGACUCACUCAAAUCACAGCAAUUCUUCAGCAACUUGGAGCACCAGUUCCGUGCCCUGCUGAACAAGAAGCGACGAGGCUCCAAGGAUGCUGAGGGUAAAUCUAAGGGAGGUCGAUUAUCCAAAGAAUCGCCAUCGAGUAGCAGGCCUGCCAGCCCCGUGCAGCAGCCCCAGAAGCGACGGCACCCAUCAGCCUCCCAGACGCCAGCAACACAGCCGGCCAAGCGCAGUCGGCAGGACUCAGGCCGGCCCCAGAAACUACAGAAGGGGUAUGUCAUGACCACAGAGCCCAUACCCCCCUCCCCCACCCUCCCCCAGGAACCGACAGACCUUCUCCCCUCCCCUACCUCGUCCGAGGCCAGCGAGUUGAUGUCUGCCCUGGAGCACGGCUUAAUGGGCAACAAGAAACGCUACCGUGAACCAUUGAUAUUCGACAAAACCUCGGGACUCAUCCGAGACCCCAGACGCAUUGUAGCUCCCAAGGAGCUCGUUAUCGACUUGGACCACAACAAGUACAAGUGCGAGGUCCCAGAUUGUGGCAAGGCCUUCCGCAAAGCUAGCCUGCUGGAGUACCACAACAAGUACUACCACAUCAACAAACCGGCAACUAGCACCUCAGCGAUGACUGCCGCAAAGAACGCUGUGACCCGAAGCCGUAAGAGACUCUCGACGUCUGCCAUGGCACCCGGCAGUAGCAAGAUGCGACGCACGGAGAGCUUGGACGUGUCGCCGGCCAAAAUCACCAGCCGCCCCAUGCGCGCAUCGGCCCCCAGCAUCAUGACCGCUAGCUACAAGCGCCCCCUACCCUCGCCGAAGCUGGAGAGUCCAGCAGAAACCGCACGGCCUCCGAAGACCAUCCCCAUGAGCAGUCAGUUUCUGAAGAAACCAGAGGUCAAACAGCCUUUGCCGACUCUCCGGAGCGAGCGGCCGGCUGUCAAGCUGGAUCCUGCGCCACCGCCGCCGAUGGCGCCAACGUUGCCUGCGCCCAAGACCCAGGGGUCAGAAGUCAUAGCAAAGGUCGUAGAGAGGUCACGGAGGGUCUCGGGGUCGUCGGUGAGCAAAGAGGACAAGCCAAGUACAAGCAAGUGGGAGGUUGUCACAACUACCAUCGUAGAGAAACCCGAAGCCCCGCCAAAAGCAGCAACUCCAACACCGGAAGUGAAAAUUAAAACCGAGCCUGGGGUUGCGCCGCCCGCUCAGAAACCAGAGACCAAAUUGGAGGAGAGUGGCACAACAAACAAAAACACUGAGGUCAAAGGGCAAAUACAAGCUCCGACAGAGGUCACAGAGGUCGCGGCCGUGAAGGCGGAGGUCCCGAAGAAAGCGCGGCGAAACAAGCCGCACAAGAAGCACAAGCGGCACAAGGCGCGGGGCCGGGACCGGCGCUCGCGGGAGCAGAGCCGUAGCGAGCGGCGACGCGCGGCCGAGCGAGCCAAGCAGCGGCGGCUGGAGCAGAGGCAGUUGAAGGAACAGUUUGAGGCAUCGGCAGCCGCGGCGCAGAAGCCAGAAGACGUGACGGAAUGGACGGCUAAAUAUCUACCCAUCACCACUGGCAAAAACGUCACCCAGUCCCCGGCCCAAAGUUCAGACGACCCCGCUGCCAAGCCAGAAGCGGUGGACUCUUCCACUACAGAGGAUGGGGGUCCCCGAGACAUGAUCAGCUGCAUCUGUCGCAACCAGGAGGAGGAAGGGUUCAUGAUCCAGUGCGAGACGUGCUACGGUUGGCAGCACGGCCGCUGCGUGGGGCUGACCGAGCACACCGUACCCAAGCAGUACAUCUGCAGCUUUUGCAUCUACCCGGAAAAUCUGCGGACGCACGCCAGACACCGCUACGACCAGGAGUGGUUCCGCACAGGCAGGCUGCCUACCCUCACCCAGCCCGCGCAGCCUGAGGAGGAGUCCAGCGACCUGACCGACUCCAUGCUGAAGACACACCAGCUCAUGGCCGACAUGAUCAACGUGACAGAGGCGCUGGACGGACUGCAACGCAAACUGGAGAUUCUCAAGAGUGACAACCACCCCGACCUGAAGCUGUGGUCCCACCACUGGGGACUGAAGGACGAGAGCACCCCCCUGGAUGACUCCGCCCACUCCCAGCAGCUCCAGACCAGCCUGGAGGAAUCGGACAUCCACCUAACGUCGGCCGACACAAGCGCCCUCACAGAGUCCAUGCGAAGCGACGUCGUCAUUGACAGCAUUGCCGCGGAGGAAGUGGUCAUGGAAGUCGCGGGCACGGGUACCAGUGAUGCCAACGUGGAGAGUGGUAGCUCUGCUGUCGGUAACCGGCCAGAUGGUGGAGUCGCUUGCGAGAUGGGUCAGCCACAAGAGGGCGACAAACCAAUGGACGGACCAAAUUCCCCCGGCGCUUCUAUCCAAACCUCGAUCCCGGAAACCAGAAAUCAGGACCCACAAAAGUUCGGCUCAGACUCUGUUGACACUGAAGCAAGCCCAAUGGAAGUUGAUACUGAUAAACCACUGGAAACAAGUCUAUCAAUGCAAGCUACCAAAUCGAAAACGGAACAAAAUAUCGAAGUCGGUGGCGGUGUGCCUAUCGUCCCAGACAACAGCGCCCCCAUGAGUUCAAAACCACAGGAAUCACAAGCAGAAAGCGCACCCGCUGAAAAAUCAACAGCGUGCAUUGUCCCAGACCCAGAACCCUCCACCACCCAAGGAGCAAAGGGUGGGGUCACCAAUGAAGGCGGGAAACCGGGGAUACCGGUGCAUGAUGGCAAACUGGACAGUACAGCAAAGAAUGUGAUAAAUGAUAAGACCGAUUUGGCGAAGAACGCACCCACCAUUGACGAAAGCGGCAUUCCGAUUCAGACCACAGAAAAGAAAGACUCAGUUACCGGUGAACAAGGGGAACUGGGCGCACCAAAGCAUCAUGGGAAGGCAGACGGCGUUGCCAAGCAGCAGGCACGAACUGAUGGGAAUUCCUCGGAUGACGAACCUCUCAUCAAGUACUCCAAAAAAACAGCUACAUCCAGCGAGACAGAAAGUGAAAGUACAUCGACGGCUGCUAAGACCACGACACCGCCUCUGCCCCAGCCAAGCCCGGCGGCAGUGCCUGUUUUGGUAGACAUCUCCUCUAGUGGUCAAACCGUGCCAGCCAGCAUCUGCAAGCUGAAUCUCUUCAACCACAUCGUGUGCGUGGAGGAGGAACUCAAACGCCGCAUGGACUAUGUGGAGGAACAAAUUGAAGCACUGGAGCUCGCAUUCAACCAAUCAGCUGGCAGCAAGGAUUCACCUUACGUCCCACCAGACUCCCUGAAGAUGAAACAAACCAUCAGCACCCUCAUGGUCGAUCUCGAGCGAGUCAACAAACUGGUAUCGAUUUGAAAAAAAAAAAAAGACUGUUCCUUUGGGUUAAGCAGAAGAAAUUUACAAGCAAAAGAGACUAGACAAGUCUAGUAAAACUGGUCCAGACCAGUUUGGUCCUAGGGAUCUAGGUAGUCGAGUGAAAAUUUUAGGCCGGGGGAGACUUAUACAAGUCUAAUUCACAAGCGACAGUGAGUCGGUGAGAUAUGUACAAAGAGAACUGUAGGCCAGCCCUCUGGGACCAGCAAAGUGAAACAUUUGGGCUAACGUGAGACUUAUGCAAGUUUAUUUCACAAGUGACAGUCAGUUAGCCAGUCAGCCAGUCAGGUACACAAAGUGAUGUAGGCUCGCCCUUUCUGGGACUAGGAAAAACACUACAAUCAGUUCAGCUCCUACAUCAGAAGACAGAUUACAGUUGGUCACUGGACGUUUUACCUACUAUUUACCAUUUUUGUGCAUACAAUUUAGAACUGUUUGUUGGUUGUGCUUCAUCUUUUGCCAGAGCAGUUUUUGUAUCAAUAUUUUCACCCUCCAUAUAUUUAAUAGUCACAUCAGCUGUAAAUGUCAUAUUUCAAAGUCAUACAUGAACAGAAAGACAAUGUAUUCAUUGUAUGUUUUAUUGAAACAAAUAUUUAUUUGGUUGUUCCAGGCGUUGGUCAUACUAAAAAAAUACUGUCAUGUCAUUAAUAUUCAUCAUGGGAGCAUAGAUAUAUGAAUAUGCAUGAGGCUGCUUUGAAUAGAUUCAACACAUUAUUACCAAAAUGAACAUUAACAAGUCAAGUAUCUUUUACAGAGACAAAACAGUUGUAAUUAUCCUGAAAUAUUUAACAGAUCUGAUUUUUGUUGUGCGGCUUUUCAGUUUCAGGAAUAUAGAAAAAAGUCCCCUGAACUACCAAUGGAACAUUCCAGAUUUGGUUAUAAGCCCCGCCCACCCUUGGUUUGUCCAUGGUGACCUGAUUGAAAGUCUUGACCUGAUUGGUCAAUGCACACGGUUUGAUUGACAGACAGGAAGGGUCCAUUGAUACACAAAAUUCAAAACAGAAAACUCUCAGAAAGUUUGUUAUACCGUAUUUAGACAAGUUUAGGUACAGCUUAUCUUUACCACUUACGAUGUUCUUGCAGAUCUAUGCAUGUAUACGAAAACGUUGAAUGCUCUAUGUACCGACACCCCUAUGUUCCGACGACCUGCACAUAAGAUUGUGUUACUCCCGGUUAGGGUUAGGGAUAGGAAUAUGUGCAGUCAAAACAUAGGGGUGUCCGAACAUAGGUGUGUCGGAACAUUGGUGUGUCUUACCCACAAAAACUAUGUUAUUUACAAGUAGUUGUUCACUCAAGUUAUUUGAAAGUUUACAUGUAAAUAUUUAAAAAGGUGUUAAUUUCUUGUUUUGGGGAUAUGGAGUAAUAUACAGGUAAAUAUGAGCAUUAGGUUUUUGUAAAAUACAUGAUAUACAUGUAAUGUACAAUCAUGGUAAUAACAAGGGGUUCAAUAAAAAGACUUUGUUCUUUCGAAAACAAAUAGUCUAAA